AUGAUUAGCACUUCCUUCCCAUUCUUUUUUUCUAAUCGAUCGAUCCCCAGGGUAGCAAAGCUAGCUCUUCGUAUCAUUGGCAUUGGGCAGCGUACCUACAAUCGCUUGCUUGGUUGCACUCUUGCUUUAGCUACUUACUCGGGAACUAGCUUCGCACCUACUUGUUGUGUCUCCCGUCAUAAGCCGGCCUAUAUGAGGGAUUUACUUAGAAAGUUAGUCUGUUUGAAUAGAAUCGUAAACGAAAGCGCUCUAUCGCUACACCUGAUCUCUUUACUUACUCUUACGCCGCUAACGCGCCCCUUUCUUUGUCAAAGAGGAAACUUCCGAUCGACUUCUGCCGGGUUGCUUGCUCGCUUCCAAAGCCCUAAUUUAACUUCACUUCGCUUCGCUUCUAAAGCGCUUGAGAUGCCAUUUGUUGAAGACCUACCUAUAGAAGAGCUCGGAAAGAGCACUUGA